CAACUGUGGGCUGGACGGAGCCUCGAGACAUGAGACAUUCAUCAUAGCACACAUUCAUCACCACCACGACGCGGUCGGUCAGCUGGCAAACCACUGCCAAGCACACCUCCUUCUGCCUUUCUUUUUGCCCACGGCUCGCUCCUCGACGGGGCCCUUGUCUUGUCGUCAACACCAUAAAUCAGGCCCCGGCCGCAUCUCGUCUCCGUAUCCACUCGGCGGACCUGGUUCUUCCUUCAGAGUUGUUUCGGGCUGCUGCCUCCUGGCGCCUUUUUCUCUGAGGCUCGUUGACAGACCGACCGAAGCUGCGCCGCCUUCACCCAGCUCUUCUCCUUUUUCUUCCAGACCAAGCCAACCUCUUACGCCCAUUCUGUCCAGUCCCAACGCGUGGCGAUCGUCGACGACGACUUCUUUGAGGGCAACGCAAGGGAGGCCCUGUGAAAGCAGCCUCGAUACUUCAAAGCGUCCGCCGCGCCCCCCGAAUCCGCGAGUCACCGACCCUCAUGCAACCUUUAUUAGGCGCUCUUGCCGCCAUACGAGAUGCUGCACCUGUAACGAUCGGAGUCGACGCACCCGCCUCCCUCACAAGCAUGGCCAUCGACAACGGCAUGGCCACCAUCGCGACGGCCGCCGCCGCCGCGGUCGCCACGGCCACUGCAUCGACCGCCGCGUCCUCGUCCUCCGCCGCCGGCCCGCACAAGGACGCACCGCAGGGCGAGUGCUCCCUACUCGGUCCCUUUGCCCUGCUCGUGCAGGCGGCCUUGGGCGGCCUCGCAUUGCUCUCACUCGUGUACAAGCGCUGGCGGGAGCGCCCGCAGCGGCCCCUCAAGAUCUGGUUCUUCGACGUCUCGAAGCAGGUCUUUGGGUCGGUCCUGGUGCACAUUGCCAACAUCUUCAUGUCCAUGUUGACGAGUGGACGCUUCUCCAUAAAGCUGGAGCCCACCGCAGCAGCAGCAGCAGCUCGCGUCAUGUCGCGGACUGAUGAGCCUUAUGUCCCCAACCCUUGUUCGUUUUACUUGCUCAACCUAGCGAUUGACACAACGGUUGGCAUCCCCAUACUCAUCGUCUUGCUACGCAUCAUGACGGGCCUGGUGGCCUUCACACCCCUCGGCAGGCCCGCCGAGUCCAUCCAGUCCGGCAACUACGGCAACCCCCCAAACGCGUGGUGGUGGCUGAAGCAAUCCGUCAUCUACUUCUGUGGUCUGUUCGGCAUGAAGGUGUGCGUCCUCAUCAUCUUCAUCGUCAUGCCGUGGAUCUCCAAGGUCGGCGACUGGGCCCUCAAGUGGACCGAGGGCAACGAGCGGCUGCAAAUCGCCUUUGUCAUGAUGAUCUUUCCCCUCAUCAUGAAUGGCCUGCAGUACUACAUCAUCGAUUCCUUCAUCAAGAAAAAGGACACUGCCGAGCACGAGCGGCUGCCGUCCGAGGAUCCGGACGCGUACGACGAGGGCACCGGUCUGCGGGCCCGCGGCGCGGACAGCGACAUCGACAGCGACGAGGCCGAGGACGAGGACGUCAAGUCAGUCAAGCGGCCCACGUCCAGUGCGGCGGAAGAAUACGACCCGGACGUGGACGGCGAUGCACCGACCGUCAUCGGCAGCAGCUCCAGCCGCCGCAUCGAGCGGAACAAGGUUCCUCGGGAGCUGUUCCCCAAAGAGUAAUAGCGGUAUUAACGUAUCUGCUGUUGUUUUGCUAUUGUAGCGUGGGACCUAUUACAACGCCUUUCUUCUUGUUUCCCUUUCCUCUCCUGACAUCAUCACAUUUAGAAACAAUGUUGUGCAUAACGGGGUAUACAUCACGGAUCAAGUACGGGCUAUGGCGGGGCGAGCGAAGCUGUGGUAUUAGGCGUCGAGCGAGUGCGAGGUACAUCACAAUAUAAAGGGACCAUGUUUGCGUCCUGCAUGCAGCAUUUAAGAUCGUACCCCCUGCUCAUAUGGCGCCAUCCCCAUGUGUCCCUGGAAGACGAGACAAUGGUGUUGCAUAACAAUCACAGCUGCCAAGGACGACGAAAUAUAUGUGAAGCAUUGUCAAUAUUGUUUGCGAUUUGGUAAAUAUGUUACACUGAAGGAAACACAUCAGUCGAUGAUGUGCAACGCUGCAAGCUGCAGCAUGAUCGUUCACCAGGCCCAAAAGGGGGCGCGUCAAAGAAAAAGAAUCGAAGAUACAUGAAUGGAAAACCAAAAUUCG